UGGAGCUUUCCAGCAAGCUGGAGGUUCAGGUCCAGCGAAUCAAGCAACAUAAAUUAUAGUGCAUGUGUUAUGACCGGCAACUAUGCUUGUUGGAUUACGUUGUAGCUCAGUGUGGUUUGAGCAGUGUCGACAGCGAAAAUAAUCAAACGAUCGCUAUCAUAUUGCGGCACAUGUGCGCUCGCGCCAUCGAUAGGAAAGCAGCGACUGUGUGCUGGCACAUACGUCAACUGCGCGUUUGUUUUGGCUUGCCUAUCUGAAAAGUGUAGGGCAUUGCACGGAUGCCUUGCUGUAACAUCGAUUCUAAACCGUUAGUGAAGCAAUUCGAAAAGCCUGCAGUGAUAAUUCUGAAAUUUUCUUCUGUGGAGCCCAAUUCGAAUUUCCUAUUUUCCUUUAGACAAGUGGUCAUGGUUUUCUUUGUAAAAAUUGCUAUGAAUGCACAAUUUGUUGUUUCCUUGCAGACUUGGAGAAGUCUGCGCACAUGUGGCAGCACUGCUUUUUAAGGUGGAGCUGCUCGUUUCGUCUGGGUUUGCGAGGUCCACAACAUCCCAGCUUUGCGAGUGGAACAACAAGUUUCGAGAGAGUGUGGAGCCUACACGGGUUCGAGACUUGAACAUUGUCAAACACCGGCACGGCAAGGUUUCCAAGGGAGUGAAUAGGAAGCGCAGUGCUGCACAAGCCCCAAAGGCAAAGUUUCCAGGAAUUCUUGACUCCCUUUAUUCUGUUCUUCCGAAUGCAGCUGUGUUUACAGCAUUCUCAAAGUAUGCCACACUUGGUGAAGAAACAGACAGCGCUGAUGAAGGCGAGAUUGCUACAGAACUGCCAGAAAGCUUGUACGAAAUGUAUGACAAGACAUGGGAAACCCUGAAUCAAUCUGCCAGAGAAGAGAAAAUUGAUUCAUUAUUGAAGAUGCGGAUGAGCCACAGCGAUGUCGCACAAAUAGAAGAGAAAACGAGAGUGCAACGGAAGUGCCUACUCUGGUUUCAACAAAGAUGUGGGCGGAUAACGGGAUCAGUCUUCAGCAAAGUUGUUAAAUGUAAGAGCGAGAGUUCUGCAGCACGCCUAGCUGGCAAUAUUGCCCAGUCUCCUCUAGUGCUCUAUGAAACUCGUCACAGAAAGACUGUUGCUAUGAAACAUGGAAUAGAGCACGAGGAGACUGCAAGGCAGCAGUAUGUUCAGUACCAGAGGCAACAUCACAUGGAUUUUAAAUGUAGAGACGCCGGCCUGUUUAUUUGCGAGGAAUUUCAGUUUAUUGCAGCCAGUCCAGAUGGCAUUGUUGAGUGCAGUUGCUGUGGCCGUGGAGUUCUCGAAAUUAAAUGCCCAUAUAAGUACAGAGACGUGCCCAUCAAUGAAAUCAGUGAGAAAGGUUUCUACCUAGAUGAAAAUCGUCGCCUGAAAGAUAGUCAUGAAUAUAUGUUUCAGGUUCAAGCUGAAAUGGCUUCUGCAAAUGUCAAUUAUUGCGAUUUUGUGUGUUGGUCGAAGAAAGGAUUCAUCGUUCUGCGCAUAUUAAGGGACCGUGAUUUCCUUGCAAAACACAUGUCAGUGCUAAAAACAUUCUUGAGGCAGGCCGUGCUUCCUCAGCUGCUGUCAAGGAAGAGCACGCAAAAUGUGUAGCUCCCUGCAGAAGUGGAUUGCCAGAUGGAUUUCCGAUGUCCAAAAUGAACACAAGCUCUGAAAAGUUACAUUCAGCUGGGUCAAGAUCCUGCAAGCAUCUCAAUUUCCAAACCAGAAGAUAACAUUCAAGGGGCUGAGAUACAUAGGAGGCUGAAUUACAAGAAUGUGGCAACUGCUUCGGCAGCUCAGCCGUUAUGAAGAGAAAAGGCCCUUGUCAGGGCCACCCAAAAUAUUGCUGGCAGGCAUGAGAUUCACGCACCCGUCUGUUUCCCUCUAAUAAAUCAAAAGUGUUCACCAGCAUGAUUACAAUGUAAAUUUAAGAGAAAUAGAAGAAAAACAAUCAGAGUUUUGAGCACAGUGAGCAUCAAAAUUAUCAUUGCAAAGCACAGCUAGAUUGUGUUUACAUGCCAACAGGAAAAAUUGCAUGCUUCCCCUGUUUUUUCACUUUCAAAAGUGUUUACAAAGUGUCUACUACAUUGUAAAAUUUUGAUGGGGAAUAGAAUCAAUGAAUAGUUCCCACGAAAGAAACUGUUGUAUUUCCACAAAUUUAAGAACUUGUGUUCCUUACAGCAUGCCAUCAGUUAAUCCAGCUUAGCAUACACAUUAACAACUUCAAAAACAAUUAGGAUGCUAUUAACAAAUCCGUGUGUUGUGCUGUCAUCUGCUACCACAGGUGCACUUUCUCUACAUUAACCCUCCAUGUCUGGUCCUCGGCGUUAGUGAUAGAAGUAAAUACUUCGCAGCAUGUUAGCACAGCAAUUUUCAUUUGAUGAGCAUUGGUGCAAUGCAGUUUGUGCUCUUCUCAGACGCAUGUAUGGAAACAUCCACAGUUGAGUAAAAAUUGGAAUGUGCAUGUUCAUAAUGCUCAUGCUAGCAGCAUCAAGUGCAAUGUAAACUGUGGAUCACUACUGUGCCUAAAGUGAAAAUGUGCCUGUUGGCAUUGUGCCACUAUUGUCUACAAUCAGUGCAUACCAAAAACAUGUUGCUGCAGUUCUCGGCCACUAGCUUGAGAGACAAAAUAGCGCCAAGUGUGGCGAUGUCUUUGUAAAACAUACUGUACGCAAAAAUAGAAACAAAAUGGCAAUAAGCAAAGUACAAACUUGGAAUUUAAAGGCUACAUAAACUUGACAUUUUCAUAGCGCUGUUGCAAAUAAUCCAUGAAGCAUAUAUACCGAUAGCCUAUGAACACAGCAUCACAGGUAAAUCAUGACAACAAUAUGUGAUGCUUGGAGUCUGAGGGAUGAAUUCAUUUGCCUGUUAAUCAUUAAUGCUCUGGAGUGCUUGCGAUUCAGCUUGGGAAAUCGGCUAAUGGCAUGCCAAUGGGGUUCAACCAGCAGUUGGCACCGCUAAGGAAAAACCAGUUGUGCUGGUGGAAACUCAACCUGGAGCCUACACUACUCUGCAGGGGCUCAAUGCAAAAGGUGGUGAUCCAGAUUGAAGCACACGCGGCACCAUCAGGCUGCAAGCAUGAAACUUUAUUGAAGAACAACAUGUACAUGAAACGACAGGCAGCCAAUGUUGAUAUUGCUCAGUGAAGGUUAGGCCUAGUGGAGUCUAGUUUGUGCACCCGCUACCGGCACACAUGAACUGAAAAGUAAGCAGUUAGGAUAAAGGGAACUGUUUUUAUAGUUUAGUUCUGGCCUUAGCGAUUUGAAAUCAAAUACUCUUCGGACAGCGCUGUGCUGAGUCACCGUUCCCGAAGGCUGCCAAUCGCAUUCGCUGCAUAGAUAGGUGGGUCUGUAUGUUAUGCAGACACAUUUAUUAGUUCCAAAGAUGCACUGUUUACCGCUACAUGAAACGGUAAACAAGACACGGUGCACACAGUACAGCAGCAGAAACAAACUCCUCGCUCAGUUGCCUACACUGUCGGCGAUGGCACCCACAUUUUUGCAAGAGAACUACACGACCUAUCAAAGAGCUCUUGUGUGAGCAUAGUUUUCUCUAAUAAAUGAAACGCUCAAAGUUUAACUAUGAUGAAAGAAAAGUGAGAAUCGGGUAUAACAAUCUAAUAUAUAUGUAUCUGGUUCACAGUCGCCGUUGUUUAAGGGGCUCGACUGCACAUAUUGACUCGUCUCAGGGUAGACCAAUGUGGCUCAUUUGCACAGAUAUAUGGUUUGCUACAUUUUGACACUAUUUCAUAUCAGUGAUCCACAAUAUCUGAAGCUAACAACGAUCUGUGGCUAUAGAUGUCGAUGUAAACAAAUGCACUGCUUAGAUAAAUUUAAUAUAGAAGGUUGCACUCAAAGGCUCUUCAAAUAUAUGAAAUGUCUAAAGAAUGUGUAGAGGAAUACAAAAAGCGAGCUGCAACUGCAGAAAUCGUCAACAAAUUCCAAGACAGCCGUGUCAACAGACGGAACUCGGUGUACUUUUAUCGGGUGCACUGUUAACACAACAGUGCAAUCAGGCCUGAAAUUCUCACCCAGUAGUCGGCGAGUGCUGCGUGGCUUCCAGGAACAGCAUGCUGCCUCGGAGAAGCCAUAAAUCAUAAGUGCUAUUCGUGAGACGCACAAUUGAAGCACACUCAACAUAGGCACAGCUACACAAAACAGACAAAAGCUAUGGUACCUUUCCAAAAUGUUUCCAGCGGCAGAGGGCAGCAAAGGAAAAUGAAAAAGGCCAAUUACUUGUUCUCGACCAGUACACUGAUAUUUUGUCCUUGGGCACUGUUUCUAGAGUUACUGAAGGUUUCCUUGAGUAAGGCAAGUGCUAUCCAGUCGACGUAAACCAAUAGCUGUGGUUAUCGCCGUCCUCUUUUCUGACCCUGAUCUACUGGUGGGGCUGACAUAAGAUACUAACUAAACCGUGGCAUCAGAUUUGUAAGUGCUGCAAUCAACAGCACAACAUCAUCUAAAUAAUCCUUCAUAAAGUAAGGCACAGUGUUUUUUAGUAUGUGGAAUCUCUUCAUGCGCCCAAUUACUUGUUCGACUCUGAUGCGCCGGCAAGAAAUUUCCCUCGAUGCUGUCACUUCAGCUUGGGAAAGCUGGUUUUUUCCCUUUAGUGUAGGCUGGGAUCAUAACCUUAACGCCUAGCACUGCCAGUUCUUCUGUGACAUUAAAGCCCCGGUCUGCCAUGACUUCAUCGCCAUAGUCGAGGUACUUGGUGAAAUCUGUCUGGAGAACAAGCUGCUUAUCACUAAUUUUGCCGCCCCAGCACUCCGAAAUAUACGAGAUUAGCCCAUUAGGUGUGAUCCCCACCAGUACCUUUAUGGUGUUGGAGUUCUUGUACUGGGACCAGGUUGUGCUCUGUGCCGUUGAGGCACUUGCCCUUUCAAGGCGAAUCUCUGUGCUGUCAAUAAUUACUCGAACGUGACGAAACCUCUGGCAUUGAAAUAUUUUCGGUUGCCACGCGUGAAAUGCCACAUCGUCUGGCCACACAACGAGCCCUUUUAGCUCACUCACUAGUGUUGUGAGGGCACUUUCAAAUAUUGUUGACACAUAAUUUUUAUUUAUCUUAAAGAGAUCCGCCAGAAAGCACAGGUGAAUAUCAAGGCGUAGCCUCAUCAGCACGAGCAAAACCUGGUCUUCAUGGCUCAUCGUUUCCACAGAAGGGCAAGCAGUUCUAUAUACAGACACAACCCAUGCAAAUGUCUCCUUAUUUGGCAGGCCUGUGUAGUAUGCAACCUUUUCAGAGUGCCCGGCUAUGGCAGCAUAACCCCAUGCAGCAGCAGCACCGUUCGCUUCUGAACUUCUUUUUGCUCGAAGGUCUCGAAGUUCAUUUUCCAUGAUUAAAUAGCGCUCCUGCAAUGCAUUAUAUGCUCG